AGGAGCGAAUCGGGGCCUGUAUAUGCAGAAGCUGAUUCAGGUGGAAGCUGCCAGAUGCCAAGUUCAUUCCGACGUGAAAGUAGCCCCUACAUCGGACUUGAAGGAUGGGGAGAAUUCUUCUAAAAAGUGGAGGAUCAAGAUACUCUAUGAUGGUGAUUGCCCGCUCUGUAUGCGUGAGACCAUGGGGAGGAUACAUGCCAUUCUAUCAGAUGGAACUGUCAUCACAGAUGUUGAGGCAUUUAGAAGACUGUAUGAGGAAGUAGGACUUGGAUGGGUGUAUGCUGUUACUAAGUCUGAACCUGUAAGUCCACACUUACAAAGAGCAAAACAUAGGAUCAGCUUGUUUCAUACAUUACAGAGGGUUACCAUUCAGCUGCAUGUGUUUUUUUAUCUUCUUACGACAUUUUUACUUCUUUUAUUCAUCUUCUUCUGA